CGGCCCCUCUUGUUCGGUCGAUCAGCCAUUCGAGCUCGCGCGUGGAUCUACCGGAGGGCGGAGGUUGCGUGUGGCCGGAGAUAAAGAUGACUACUAAUUUUUCCACUCGGUACAAAAAAGAUCUGAGCGUCGAUGCACUCAAGACAAAACUUGUUCACCGAAAGUCUAUAAUUCAAAAAGAGAAUAGACACAAGGAAUUCAAUAAGGGCAGGCAAUUUGGACUACUUGAUGUGAAUGUACAGCCAUCAAAAAACAAAGCUACUACUCAGCUGAGUAGAAAAAGCAACGGGUGUGUGCCAAAGCCAAAUGCUGCAGCCAAGACUCGUGAACAAGAGCGCAUCGACAUGCUUCACCGCUACAAGGCGGAAAAAGAACUUCGCAGGUUGAAGGAGCAGAGGGAGAAACCUGUUUUUAAAUGUGGACAAUUCAAGCCAGACCAGCCUCCUUUUCUCUCAAAAACAUCACAGAUUCCAGUAUUGAAAACAUCAAAAGAGAAAGAAGCUCCAGUUGUCAUGCGAGUUACAAGGUCGAAAGCAAAACAAUUGCCAGAACCAAAGAAGCCACAGUUAUCAUCGGUUUCAUCUAGCUCCAUCGGUAAGGGCCGCAAUCGGCAGAUAGCUCCGCAUGAACAGAGGCAGAUCUACAUAGACAAACCUUCUAAAAAAGAGAAUAAAGAUAAGCAGUCUGCCAUGUCAAGAAUCACACAUGGAAGAAUGACAAGAGCAACAGUGGCAGCAAAGUCAAGAAUACCACAACCAACCCAACCAACUAUAAUUUCUGGUAAUGUGCCACAGAAAAAAGCUACAAUUAAAGGAAAGCAACAGCAAGAGAUAAUAAAGGAAAGGACAAAAGUAGGGCACAAGAGAAAUCAAGAUAUUCUAAUUGAAGAAGAGAAAGAAGAGUUGAAGCUCCAACUUGCUGAAAGCAGUGAACAGAAGGACCUUCUUGACAAAGAAAACAUGACAGCACCCUCAAAAAGAAAUCGCUCAUUUGCCCCUCAGAAUUUUGUCUUUAAACCUCCCAAAGGCUUGUCUAUCUAUAAAGUGAAUCCAAUGACCCCUUCCAGGGCAAAUGUCUUCUUAUCACCCAAUCUUUCCUGGAGCCCCUCAGGAACAACCAAUGACGUCUACAAAGAAGAAAUACAAGAUCAUAAUCCGCAGUUGUCCUCUAACCCAGAAGUCACAAAGAAAACCACUGAAGGACAUCAAUAUGCCCUGGAUUUAUUGGAAGAAAUUAAAAGAGAACGGGUGCCUAGUGAGAUGAGGUAUAAUACUGCAUUUGAAGGUGAGAGCAGUGUGCAACAACCAGAUCUACUAGCAACUGAAAUAUCAGAGCCAACAACAAAACUCCUGCAUGAUGUGCCCUAUUUCAGAAACAUUCUUCAAUCUGAGAAAGAGAAACUGACGUCACUUUGUCUUGAAUGGGAUAAAACUGUUGAAAUGGAUAUUCCAGAGGAAGCCAAAGAUCUUGUCCGCACAACCAUUGGGCAAACCCGACUGUUGAUGGCAGAGAGAUUCAAACAGUUUGAAGGGCUGAUAGAUAAUUGCGAAUUUAGACGUGGAGAGAAAGAAACAACUUGCACAGAUCUGGAUGGAUUCUGGGAUAUGAUAAACUUUCAGGUAGAAGACAUACAUAAAAAAUUUGAGAACUUGAAGAAACUUGAGGUGAAUGGGUGGCAAAUGGUGGAUGAUGCUCAGCCCCAUAGACCUGCCAAGAAAAAGCCCAUCCUUCGAAGGACAGCCAAAGCAGCAGGAGGGUCUGUCGAAAGCAAAGCAGCCAAAAAACGGCUUGCAGCUGUAAAAGCAGCCCUGAAGAACAAGACAAAAGAAGGGUUGGCAACAGAGGCUUCAGGCCAAGCAGAACGGAUAUUUGAUGGAGGGUUUUUCCAAAUUGAAUCUCCUGCCAAAUCCUUUGCAGGCCAGACUCCUAAAUCAACUAAAAGGAUUUCCCAGUGGACGACGCCAAGGUCUGCCAAUAAGGUUUUGCUUCAGAAUUGUGCAGAGAUCUGUGUUUUAAAGCAAGGCACAUCAAGUACGUCCAAAGCCGUUCCUCCUUUUCCAGAACCUAAAGUAUUUCCAGAUUCUGCUGAAACUGACCACCUUGGCUCCACAUCUGAACAAAGUGGCACUCAAGCAACAGAGGAACUAUGUGCUAGAACAGACAAAGCAGAAAUAACUGAUGCAGAAGCAGCCAGCUGUGACAGGAGCUCAUCCUCGAGUGACAUGGAUGUUUAUCAAUUUAAAGAAGAGGCUUCAGAAAUUGGAGAUGAGAUGAAGCAGACCACAAUAGAUGAGGUCAAACAGGGUUUUCUUAGUCCGGCAGAGAAUUCUCAGGCUGCAGAAACUUGUGAUCAAGAUGAAGUACAAUAUACUCCAGAACGCUUGUCCUGUAAUGAUGGAAUAUUUGAUCUCCAGCCAAAUCUGGAUGUCAGCCUUUUCUUCACUCCUCAGACAAACAAGGCUGAAAAACGUGUUUCAGCUGAUUCAUGCGGCAACCUUAUUGUAUUCUCUCCUUUUCCAGACAAGGAGAAAUAAAUUACAUUUAAAAGCCUAAUCUCUGUAUUUAAUUAAUAAGUGCAAAAGCAGCGUACGUUUUCUUGUCCUUCAUAAAUUUUAGUUCUGUUAUUAAACUGAACUGCCUUUUCAAAAGUACAGUUCUUUUAAUGAAAAAGACACCUGUGGAGAAUAUGAAUGCUAGAGUGUUCUGUGGUCUGUAUCUCUUGAAUUUUUAAUGCAACAGGACUUGAGAAAAACUGUUGUGGAGAGGAAGGAGAAAAAAAAGUAUGUUACAGUAUUUGGCUACUGCAUUUUAAAUGUCUAUUUUUUCUUAAACUUAAUAAAACAUGCAUUUCAGUGUAUAAACACAAUUAUUAAACUUCUGUAAACUAAAUUAA